AAGAUAGGUCUCUGAAUAGUGAACUGCUCCAAGGACCUGACUUGACCAACACGUUAAUUGGUGUGCUUUUAAGAUUUCGUGAGGAGCCAGUAGCUAUAAUGGCAGACAUCGAGUCGAUGUUUUAUCAGGUCAAGGUGCCAGAACGUGACGCAGACCUACUCCGUUUUCUUUGGUGACCCAACGGCAAAUUGAACAAGCCUAUGGAGGAAUUCCGAAUGACUGUGCACCUCUUCGGAGCCACUUCUUCACCAAGUGUUGCCUCAUAUGCACUAAAAAGAACUGCUGAAGAUCACAAGGCUGAUGUGUCUCCAGAAACUGUCCAGACAGUUCUGCGCAACUUCUACGUAGAUGACUGUUUGAAGAGUGUAGCUAAAGAAGAAGAUGCAGUGACCCUGGCUAAAGAUCUUCGUACCCUGUGUGCCAGUGGAGGCUUCACUCUAACAAAGUGGGUGAGCAAUAGCAGGAAGGUGUUAAUGACAAUCCCUGAAGUGCAUAGAGCCAGCGAAGUGAAGGACCUGGAUCUGAGACAUGAUGCUUUAACAGUCGAGAGGACCCUCGGUGUACAGUGGGACACAGAAACUGAUACCUUCACCUACAGUAUGAAGCUGCAAGACAAGCCGAUGACCAGAAGAGGCAUUUUAUCAGUCGUGAAUUCCAUAUAUGACCCCCUUGGCUUUCUGGCUCCGGUUAUUUUGCCCGCUAAAGUCCUGCUGAAAGAUCUUUGUAAAGAACCAUAUGGAUGGGAUGAGAACAUUGAUGAAAAACAUGCUGAAGUUUGGAAAAGAUGGAUCGAAGAUGUCAGUCAUCUCUCUAAUUUCCAUGUGAGGAGGUGUUUGAAGCCUACAGAUUUUGGAUGCACUGCAGUAGCACAGUUACAUCAAGAGCUUCAAGUUCCAUUGCAGCAAUCUAUUUUUUGGACAGACAGUACUACUGUGCUCGGAUAUAUUGACUGUGAAACUGCUCGUUUCAAAACCUUUGUUGCGAACAGAAUCUCGUUGAUCCGAGAGGCAACCAAGCCAUCACAAUGGAAGUACGUCAGAAAAACUGAAAAUCCUGCAGAUCAAGCCAGCAGGGGACUGAAAGCUAAAAGUCUGAUGCAAGGAGGAACCUGGAUCAAUGGGCCAGACUUCUUGCUGGACAAAGAAUGUGAUUGGUCGGAACAACCUUUGCGAAGGAAGGAAAGCCUUCAAAAUGAUCCGGAAGUCAAGAAUGGAGCUACAGUCAACAUGAUCAAAGUUGAAGAAAACAUGGAACCAAUCGACAAACUGAUCAGCUAUUACUCAGACUGGCAAAAGCUAAAAAGAGCAGUGGCCUGGAUUUUAAAGGUGAAGGAAAAUCUGUGGAAACUAAAAGAGGAAAGAAAGGAAAUAUCAAAAAAGAUCAUGGAAACUGAAAAAGACCCUGAAAAACAAAGAUCAAAAUUAGAACAACAAACGAAGAAAUUCAAAGCAACAAAAAAAUCAGUUACUUUGGAUGAUCUGGUUGUCGCAGAAUCGGAAAUAAUCAAAUUCAGUCAAAGACAGCAGUUUGGAGAAGAAAUCAAAGUACUGGAGAAAGGUAAACAGCUCGGUCGCAGCAGUCAGCUAUUUAAACUGGAUCCGAUUCUUCAAGAUGGCGUGUUAAGGGUUGGCGGAAGACUCAACAAGUCUGCCAUGCCAGAAAACGCUAAACAUCCAGCAAUUAUUUCAAAGCACAGCAGACUUGCUACAUUGAUUUUGAGAGACAUACACCAAAGAACAGGACACUGCGGACGCAGUUAUGUUUUGGCACAACUGAGGUGCAGGUACUGGAUCCCAAAAGCAAAUUCUGCAAUUCGAAAGAUAAUCAACAAAUGCACAGUGUGCCGUAGGAUUAAUGGAAAGGUUGGUGAGCAAAAGAUGGCAAACCUCCCUGAUGAUAGGCUCUUGCCAGAUAAACCUCCUUUUACAAAUACCGGUGUUGAUUUCUUUGGGCCGUUUGAUGUCAAGCGGGGCCGGAGUACCAUCAAAAGGAGAGGUCAAGUUACCAUCAUGCGUUCUGACAACGGCACAAAUUUUGUGGCCGCUGAAAGAGAGUUGAGAGAAGCCAUUCAACGGCUGGAUAAUGACAAAAUUGAAAAGGCCUUGCAACCAAAGGGAAUAAAAUGGAUAUUCAAUAGCCCAGCUGCUUCGCACCAGGGCGGGAUUUGGGAAAGACAAAUUCGGACUGUGCGAAGAAUCCUUAAUUCCCUUUUGAAAGAGCAAGCAGUGAAUGAUGAUUGUCUUCUGACAAUAAUGUGUGAGGUCGAAAGCAUCAUCAAUGGUAGACCGCUUACAACUAUUUCAGAUGAUGUGAAUGACGUAGAACCUCUAACACCCAAUCACUUACUGCUGUUGAAAUCUCAACCCAACAUGCCUCCAGGGAUUUUCAGCAAAGAUGACAUGUACACAAGAAAGAGAUGGAAGCAAGUUCAAUAUCUUGUGGAUUUAUUUUGGACUAGAUGGACACGUGAAUACCUUUCACUUCUUCAGGAGCGCCAGAAAUGGCUUAAGCCAAGAAGAAACUUCAUGAUGGGAGAUGUUGUGUUAAUAGUGGAUAGUUCUUCCCCACGGAACUCCUGGCUCAUGGGAAGGGUAGUUGAAACGUUCCCGGACUCCAGUGGAACAGUACGAAGAGUGAAGAUAAGGACCAAGACCAACACUUUGGAAAGGCCUAUAAACAAACUGUGCUUAUUGGAAGAGGCAACGUCAGAAGAGUGAAGAAAGAAGAAACAAGUUGAUAGUUUAUGGACAUUUAGAAAUUGUUUGGCUCUCAGUGUUUAAGUUUAUAAUUGCUUAGUCCUCCUGCCUAACCAAUUAGGGGCCGGAUAAUGUAAGAGCCAUAUAGAGAUUAGUUAAUCUGAAAUAAUAAUUUAGUAAAAUUAAUAAGAAAAUAUUUUAUUAAAAUUCAUAAGAUAUAUUUUGGUUUAAAAUGCAUACUUAGUAAUGUGUAGAUCUGUUUACAUUUAACUGUUUUGAGCUUCCAGUCAGAUCGCACUACGUCACAAUGCAAGUGAUUGGAUGUGUUUAGUUUUAGUUUUGAAGUUAGAGACGUUGGAAGCAACACAGUUUUUUGACCGUGCGUACCAUGUAAGAUUUUUUUAUUUUAC